AUGGAUGUGUUUCGCGCUUACACAUACUCGACGGCCGCAUGGCUGGCGCUUCAGAGUUUACCUUUGAUUACCGGACCAAGCAUGAUAGUGACAAUGCUGCUAGAUGAGACUCGGCCUGCUUCCCCCAUGGAAUUAUACUUCGCCCGAUGCCUCGGCUUCAGCUUUCUCACUAUCGCUGUUUUGACCAUGAUGUUAACCGGCUCCAUCCCUCUGACGUCCGAUAUCAAGGAAUCCGUGACAACAGAGGACGACGAUCCCAAAGCACCAUAUGCUGUGCCAACCCUGAUGGUAACGUCUGUCUUCCAUAGCGCAUGUGCUUUUUACGCGUACACCUGGUAUGUUUCCGGUGGAUCGGGCCUCUUCGCUGUUGCUGUCGCUGCAUACUCUAGUAUUGCAGCUGUUGGGUUGUGGUCAGCAAUGGGAAGAUCAGUCACCGUACGGGUGCAGACAAGAGGACGGCGGGCUACCCUUUCAAGAAUUCAGAAGCAGCGAAGAAACAUGGCAAGGCUUCCCUUAACCCCACAACGCCGCUUCAACCGUCUAUCUUCUCAACAAAAGCAGCACGCCUCUCCACAACUUUAUAUUGUUUACAAGAUGGACUCUGAGCUGCGAUUGUCAUCGCCACGCUUGGGACCUUCUAUGCCGAUAAACGACCAAUCCAACCUACAGUUGGGCCAAUUUGAUCCGGAGUCGCAAUCCUUCGGGCAAUUCCGUCCCCCGACCGAAGCUGAAUCACAGCUCCAACAUACGACGCAUGCUUUUAUUCGUCCACCACGAUCAGGCGAGCUGACGAAAAAUUUCAUCACUCCGUCUCCAUCCACUCAGCAGCAACAAUCGCACCAAGGUCACUCUAGCAAUGGAGUUGCCUCGCACUUGCAACCGCAAGGGCAAUCCUCUAGUGGCUUGCAUCAAUCGCAGAACUACAACAAUGGCGUCGCCCAUGCAGCAAAUAUAAGCGGGGCGUUACAUGGCGCUGGUGUUGGACAAAUGGCGCCUCCAACGUCGCUGUCCCAAAACGAGCUAGGGAUGGGGAACAACACACAUCAAGUUCAAAACAACAGCUUAACAACGCUACAGUCCACAAGCCAACAGUUCCAACAGGACUUUAUUGGGCUAGAUACUGGCUCUGUGGAUCAGGUGUCCUUCACUGGGCCUGGAGAGCUGCAAGGCUUCAAAGUGGUUCCAAAUCCUCCGCAUCUCGAUUACUGGAGAGACAGGUUGUUCAAUGUCGACGAAAUGAUCACCCUAAGCGAAGAGGAAUUCCAAACCUAUUUCCCCCAUGUUGACAAUGUAUACUCUCAUCGCUCAACCCAGCGGUACAAGCGUAAACCAUUUGUGUCCCAUUACUGGGACUGCCGACUCAAAGGACGACCGCCCGGAACCCCCAAAUCCGAUGACCCAGAAAAGAAAAAGCGCAAGCGUACGGCUAGAGAACGGGAUCUCUGCCAUGUCAAAAUCAAAGUCGUGGAAUAUUUCCCAGUGUCUGAAAUAUCAAAUAUGACAAAUGCAGUCGAGCCCUUACCAUCAAACAUCCUCCCUGGGAUGUACACUUUCUCUCUGAAUGAUGACCCUGCGAUUCGAAAUGUCCAAACAUUCGGUAUGCUCACGCCGAACCCUGGUCUACCACCAAAUCAUCCAGGAUCGAGUGGCGGGAGAUAUUUCACUAUACAGCGGGUGAAUGGCAACGGCGCCAAUGGGAAGAACGACGGAGUGAGUGGUGGUCAUCAACAUACGCUUGAAGAAAGCGAUCGCGUCAAGAAGAGUAGCGUGCAACGAUACAUUCUAAAGGAAAAGAAAGACAAAAGGACAAGAGCGGAUCGAGUCAUGUCUCGAACGGGCCAAAAAUCAUACCAUACAAAAGCGACGGGUCUGGCCGCUGAAACCGCGAUCAAACACUCCGCCGAUGUUAAUCUUAAGCUAUACGGGAGCUGCUUCUGCCCCUUCGUGCAACGGGUAUGGAUUGCAUUGGAACUGAAAGGUAUCCCGUACCAAUACAUUGAAGUGGAUCCGUACGAGAAGCCUCAGUCGCUGUUAGAGGUGAAUCCAAGAGGGCUUGUUCCUGCUUUGCGGCACGACGACUGGGGAUGCUAUGAAAGCAACGUAUUGUUGGAAUAUCUGGAGGAUCUGGGUGUAGGGGCUGCAAUGCUUCCAGCAGACCCAAAGCUGCGCGCCCAUUGCCGGUUGUGGGCAGAUCAUGUCAAUCGACAUAUCGUGCCGAGUUUCUACCGUGUACUGCAAGAGCAGGACCAACAGAAACAGAUUGAGAAGACACAGGAGCUACGAGACGCGAUGGAGAAGCUGCUUGAAGUGGCACAUCCCAAGGGGCCCUUCUUCAUGGGCUCGCAAAUGUCCCUUGUGGACGUCCAAGCUGCGCCGUGGAUCAUUCGGCUGCGGCGGGUCCUGAAACCAUACCGAGGAUGGCCAGAUGCUGAGGAGGGAAGCAGGCUGGCCUCAUGGAUGGAUGCAAUCGAGACCGAUCGGCAUGUGCAGGCGACAACUAGCACGGAUGAGCUGUACCACGACAGUUAUGAGCGAUAUGCCCAGAACCGCCCAAACACAUCCCAGGUCGCAAAUGCAAUUAACGCAGGACGAGGCCUCCCUUAA